AUGCCUCCGUUCGUUCCGCGCAAAAGGCGCUCACCAUCGCCCGAAGCUCCACCCGCCAAACGAAGAGAGACUGCUCGUGGCAAGAAAGCUGCAGUCGACCAGAAACCCACAAACCCUACAAAGCCCAAGAGCAGCGUCUUUGAUGCAAUCGAUACUCUGACCACCAAGGCCACCGCUGAAGAGGCUAAGAACUUCUUUGCAAGCGUUGGCAAAGGCGACAGCGACGACGAAGAUGACGACGAUGCUACCUCCUCUGAAGACGACGACCAUGACUUUGAAGAUGUGCCAAUGAAGGAAGCACCGAAAGAGCAGGAUGAUGGCGAAGACAUGGACUGGGAGGAUGCUAUUCCGGCGGCCGAGACCAAAGUCGCCGACGACGACGACGACAGUGCUAUCCAAGACAUCAACAUAUCCAUCAACGAAGACGGCAGUGUCGCCGCUGUCGCUGCUGCUGAGCAACAAGCAAAGGCUAAGAAAGGCCCAUCAAAACGAGAGCGCCAGGCUCGUAUCCGAGCACAUUGCAUCCACGUCCAGACUCUACUCUUCCACAACGCCGUCCGCAACGCAUGGCUCAAUGACAAUGAAUUGCACAAGAUUCUUCUAGACAGCUUGAGUCAAGGCGUCAAAGACGAGAUCGAUCGCUGGAAAAUCAACAUGGGCAUGAAGCAGCCACCGCCAAAGAAGAAGCAAAAGGGAAAGAGCAAGGGAAAUAGCAAAGCCCGAGAUUGGGGACAAGACGCGGACAGACUCGAGCCCGGCGUGCCCAAUCUCAGUGCUGGAGACCCGCUGCUCAGGCUACUCAAAGUCUUGACUGCAUACUGGAGAAAACGCUUCCAUAUCACUGCUCCUGGCAUACGCAAGCAAGGUCAUCUGCCUCAGCGACUCAUCACCUACGAGAUCAAGGCCUGGGCUAAGAACAAAUCCAACUUCGAACGUCACGGUGAACGCAUCGAGAACAUCCAAGAGUUUCGCAAGUGUGCCAAAGAAUGUCGAGGCUCGCGAGAUGUUGGUGCUCAGCUGUUUACCGCAUUGAUCAGAGCGAUUGGCAUCGAGUCUAGAAUGAUUGCCAGUCUGCAACCUGCGGGCUUUGGUUGGACCAAAUUCGAUGAAGGUGAGAUCAAGAAGCAGCCUCAAACUACGUCGACGAAUCCUGUCGAGAUCUCUGAUGACGAAAGUCUCGUCGAAUCUCCAAAGCCCAAAUCAAAAUCGAAAGCCAAGAAGCCGGCUCGCAAAUCGACUCGAAAGUCCAAAAGUGCUGCGGUCGAAGAAGAGUCUAGUGAGCUCUCGAGUGUGCCAUCAGACGCCGACGAUGAUGACGCUUCAGUAAUCGACAUCACUCCUGCACCUCCACCAAAGAACAGCAAGAAGUACGAUCGUGAUCUGGCAUAUCCUCAUUACUGGACAGAGGUACUUUCUCCUGUAUCAAACACUUGGAUCCCUGUCGACUCCAUUGUACUAUCUACUGUCGCAAGUACCCAAGAGUUGCUAUCUACAUUCGAGCCUCGAGGCAAGCGUGCCGAUCAGGUCAGACAGGUCAUCUGCUAUGUCAUCGCUCACAAUCAGGACGCCACUUGCAAAGAUGUCACCGUUCGCUACUUGAAGAAGCAUCAAUUACCUGGUCGUACGAAAGGCUUCCGUAUGCCGGUCGAGAAGAUUCCUGUUCUCAACAAGCGUGGUAAGGUGAUCAAGACCGAGGACUACGAUUUCUUCAAACGUAUCAUGUCACCUUUUGUUCGCCCUCAAAACAAGCGCACUGCAGCAGACGACGUCGAAGAAUCUACCGAUCUCAAGCCUUUCAAGCCAGCAACCGAAAAGGCCAAAGUUGCCACCGAAUCAUUGCAAUGGUACAAACAAAGCGCUGAAUUUGUGCUUGAACGUCAUCUUCGUCGUGAAGAAGCCAUUCUUCCCGAAGCAAAACAAGUCAGGACAUUCACAUCUGGCAAGGGCGACAAGGAGAAGUCAGAGCCUGUCUACAGACGAGCUGAUGUCGUUAACUGCAAGACUGUCGAAUCAUGGCACAAAGAAGGCCGACAGAUUAAGGUUGGCGAACAGCCUCUGAAAAUGGUCCCUGUACGAGCCGUCACCCUCAUGCGCAAGCGUGAGAUGGAAGAAGCUGAACGCGAGACCGGUGAGAAGCUCAAGCAAGGUCUGUACGGUAUCGAUCAGACCGAAUGGAUCAUCCCUCCUCCCAUUGAGAACGGCGUCAUCCCCAAGAACGCAUACAACAACAUUGACGUGUAUGUGCCAUCGAUGGUACCCAAGGGUGCGGUGCACAUUCCUCUUCGCAGUACUGCCAGGAUCUGCAGAAAGCUCAAUAUUGACUAUGCCGAAGCAUGCACAGGCUUUGAGUUUGGCAAACAGCGUGCUGUUCCCGUCAUCACUGGUGUGGUUGUUGCCGCCGAGAAUGAAGAUGCUGUCAUCGAUGCUUGGGAGAUUGAGGAAGCUGAACGCAAACGCAAAGAAGACGUCAAGAGACAGGCUACUAACCUGCAUCUAUGGCGCAAAUUCCUCAUGGGUUUGCGCAUCGUCGAACGCAUCAGAUCAGAUUAUGCUGGUCGUCCUAACGAAGUCGAGGAGGUCAAUCCGUUUGUCAACCGCGAUAAGCAGAAGAAGAAAAAGGCACCUCGAGACGAGAUGACCGAGGGUGGUGGCUUCGUAGUCGACGAAGACGAGGAAGACAACAAACCCGCCGAGACAAAAGACGAAGACACAGAACUCAGUCUCGGUGGCGGUUUCAUGCCUGAAGACGAAGAUGAAGACAACACCAAAACAGAAGACGCCGAUGUCGAAUUGGGCGGUGGCUUCCUACUCGACGACGACGAAGAUGCCGAAGACGAGAAGAAGCCAGUUACUAGCUCACACUUUGCACCCAUGUCCCUGGCAUCUGCUGCGCACCGCCAAGCCCUGUCUUCCGAUGCUGAACCAGUCAAAGAGGAGGAAGACAGCGAAGAAGAACUCGAAGACGACGAACCGCCACCUCAACGCCGCAAUUCUCGUGCUUCUGCCAAACCAAAAGCAAAGCCCAAAGCUGCUGCAAAGGCAAAAGCAAAACCAGCUCAGAAAGCUCCCCCCAAACGUCCAGCAAGAAAGAGCAAAGUAACCGUCGCCUCAUCUGAAGAAGACGAAGCCUCAGUCUCGGCCGAAGAUGCAGAGUCCUCCCUCUCGGAUCUCACAGAUGCAUCAGAAGACGAUGCACCUCCAGCCAAGAUCAAGGGACGCUACUCUUCACCCCGUGUCGUCAUUUCUCCUCGCAAGAAAAACGGUAUCAAGAAAGAAAUCAAGAGUCCUUACUUUUCGCAUACUGAAGAUGAUGGUGAUGGUGAAGAGAUGGAAGAGCAAGAAGAGGAAGAGGAAGAGGAGAGUGAGGAGGAAGUUGUCAAGCCCAGGGCUACUACUAGACGUACUAGAGGUAGAGGAUGA